AUGGAGAUUAGCCUAGAUAAUUUUGGAAUUGAACACAAAUUAUAUGACAUAAAGCAUAUACUACAGGCUCAAGUUGGAGUUUGUUACAAAACACCAGGAAAGAAUGAAACACCCCCAGUAGAAGCUAUAGCUCUUCUGGAAAGACAUAAUAUAAAACGAAUUCGACUGUAUGAACCAAAUCAAGAGACCUUAACAGCCCUGAAGAGUACAGACAUUAAAGUUUUGCUUGGCGUACCAAACUCAGUUCUCUUACCCCUUGCUAAUGACCCUGCUGUAGCUGAAUCGUGGGUGCAAACUAAUGUCAAGUCCUACUCUCCUGAUGUUAAAUUCAAGUACCUCAUUGUUGGUAAUGAGAUAAGCACUAACAAUAUGAAUAAUCCCUUGUCCUUCGUCCUCCUAAACGCCAUGCAAAACAUCCAAAAUGCACUGGCUAAGCAAGGAUUAAGAUAUAUCAAGGUAACAACCGCCUUUGACACUUCAGUCCUUAAAAAUCCAUUUACUGAUCGUCCAUCAAACAUCUCCUUCGUGGUUGAGGCUCUCUUGUUCCUGGAUCCCAUCCUGAAAUUUCUGUUGGAACAUCAUGCUCCUCCUUAA